AAACAUGAAGCGAGAAGUUUUACUAAUGGUACUAAUUUCUUACGCCGUGGCUCAGCUUAUGCUCAGACCGAUCAAAGUAAUUAACGUGGAAAGCCUGGUAGACCUACAUGCUAGACUAAAAGAUGCUGGCGACAAGCUGGUGGUGAUCGGGUUCCUGCCUAGAGCUUGUCCGCACAGCGUGAAGAUCACUCCACAGUUCGAGAAACUGGCGCUGCAGUAUGCUCACUUUGUCGUCUUUUUGAGGGUGUAUGAAGACCACGAUGACAUAUUCAUCGAGUACAACGUAAAGUCAGUGCCAUCAUUUAUCUUCGUUAGGAAGUCCGAGCCACUGAGCAGGCGCUCAGGCAACAUCGAAGAUAUUGUGAAUGUAAUAGAGUCGGUGAAGGCAGAAGAUCAACUACUUAACACUCUUAAUACGACACAGACUUUGGACACAGGGGGCGUCUUAUAUGACGUUGAAUGUCAUGACGACAUGAAAGGGCGGCUAACAGAAGCGAAGGACAAGCUUGUGGUGCUCGCCUUCCUACCAAGCUACUGUGCUCACAGCUAUAUGAUGAUUCCAGAGGUUCAGGAGCUUGCCAAGAUGUAUGCUAAGACCACCUCGUUCCUUAGGAUCAAGGAAGACCAUGAUGACAUAUACGAAAUAUUUGGUAUACACACAGUACCGACAUUUAUCUUCAUGCAGAAUAAGAAGAAACUCUUGGUGCGCACUGGGGCCAGCGUCAAACAACUUGCGGACGCGUUGGAGGCUGUGCUAACUGGCGACUACACCUCGACCACAACCACCACACAGGCGCCAUUGAGCCACAUAAUCGACAUAACCAGCCCGCAACACCUGAACGUAACGAUGUCCACGGCCGGCAACAAGUUGGUGAUCCUCGCGUUCAUGACUAAGUGGUGUUCUAAAUGUAAGAAAAUUGCUCCCAAGAUUGAGGCCAUGGCGGAUGAGUAUUACGGCUCUGUCAUGUUUUUGAAGAUUGAUGACGAUAGUGAAACGAAAGAGCUCUACACGAAGUACAACAUUCAACGCGUGCCAACAUUUGUCUUCAUACGGAACUCCAAAAAGCUGAACCAAUACGAGGGAACAUGGUACGAGAAAAUCAGAACGCGUAUAGAAUUGCAAGAUUUUCUAAAUUUUUGAUCAAGAAGAAGAAAAGAGCGAAAGUGGA